CACGGGUUGCAGGAGCCGCCCCGCGCUCCGGACUUUGUCACCUCCCGCUCCUCCCCUCGGUGUUGGGUUUAGGAGCGUCCCUCACCGGGGUGCUCUCCUUUGGCUGUAGUUUGCAGUUGGACGCUGUCAGAAAUACGUGUUAAGAGCCGUGUGAUUCUCGUGCAACCCGAAUUCUUGUAUAACUUCUGUUUGGCUGGUUGGCACCCAAGGGCGCUCCAUGCCCGCUGUGCGGGAUGAGCACAUCAGACACACUGUGCUUCCUAAUGCCAACAACAGGUUGGCAGUGCCUGAGCUGCUCCAGCCUGUAGCGCCGGUUCCUCUGCAGGGACACGGCACAUCCCAAAUGCAGACGUGUCAAAGAUUGCUGCCACAUGAUGUCAGGGGACAGCGACUGCACGAGGACGAGUCCAUCUGCAGGGUCUCCAUCAGACACUGAGCUGUUGCUGCUGGGUCGGCCGAAGUAUGUUUGCUCGUUGUCUCCUGAUCUGGUUACCAAAGCCCGCGAGGAGCUCCAGGAGAAACCUGAAUGGCGGCUCCGAGACGUGCAGGCACUCCGAGACAUGGUGUGCAAAGAAUACCCCUCCCUGGGGACCUGCCUGGACGAUGCCUUCCUGCUCAGGUUCCUCAGAGCCAGGAAAUUCGAUUACGACCGAGCGCUGCAGCUCCUGGUGAACUACCACAGCUGUCGGAGGAGCUGGCCCGAGGUGUUCAACAACUUGAAGCCUUCUGCAAUAAAGCCUGUCCUGGAGUCUGGUUUUGUCACUGUGCUGCCCCAUCGAGACCCGGAGGGACGCCACGUCGUCUGCAUCCGUCCAGACAGAUGGACACCCAGUAAUUAUCCGAUUACUGAGAACAUUCGUGCCAUAUACUUAACGUUAGAAAAACUCAUUCAGUCCGAAGAGACCCAGGUGAAUGGAAUUGUAAUCCUGGCAGACUACAAAGGAGUCAGCUUAUCUAAGGCGUCUCAUUUUGGUCCUUUUGUAGCCAAAAAAGUAAUUGGAAUUCUUCAGGAUGGAUUUCCCAUUCGAAUAAAAGCUGUUAACAUAAUAAACGAACCUCGUAUAUUCAAAGGCAUUUUUGCCAUUAUCAAGCCUUUUCUGAAGGAAAAGAUAGCAAACCGGUUUUUUCUUCAUGGCUCUGACCUGAAUUCUCUUCAUCAAAACAUUCCUCCAGUGAUUCUCCCUGAAGAAUACGGGGGCACUGCAGGGAAGCUGGACAUCUCAGCAUGGAACGAGCUUCUCUUGGCCUCCGAAGAGGAUUUCCUGCAUGAUUUCUCCCAGCUGGUUCUCCCGUGUGACAGCUCUCCCCAUGACAUGCUAGUGAGUGGGGAUGCUGAUGAAAAGCAAUGCGAUGAUUCCUUGCGAGGCAUGAAACCUCAGCUCUAUUAUUGCUACUAACAAACUGGUGAAGGGAAGCUUUAGAGCAGUGAAGACCUCUUCUGUUCUUAUAGGCGAUGUUGUGAACUCUGCCUUACUCCUAAACCUGCAGUUUAGGAACAGACUGCUGAGGCACUUUACACUGUAGAACCAAAGGAAGCUGAAGAGGGCACAGUGGGGGCAGGGCAGAGUUUGCAGAGGGUAAUGGGAAAGAGCAUAUCAUUAGCAAGUUAUGUAGAAUACCUACAGCUAGUCAAUCUCUGGGGAAGAUGCAAACUUGCCUAUUCCUUUGAAUUAUCAAAACAGAAAUGCAGGAUGGUAAGUUUGAUAGUUUCUUCCCCCCACCCCAGUUAAAAGUGACAAUUUACCAGCUUUAUGGCUGUCCAUUCCCUUCUCUUUCUGAAAAUACCCAUAACCCAAGAAAAACAACUGUCAGUUGCUUCAUGAACCCUGUGAGAUAUAGUUCUGUCAGUGGAGACUGCUUACAACCAUAGGCGUUUAACUUGGCCUGUCCCCUGUCACUGUGUUUGGAUUGCAUUUCUGGAAUAUCUGAGUGAAUAUUUGGCUCAAAUUAACACAGAAAGCUUUCUUAUCUAUGAAUACCAGUAUGGAAAUUCUCUUAAACUUUCUCACAGAAAGAAAUUAACUAUUAGAACAGCAAUCUCAAGGCUUAAUGUAAACAGAAGCAGUCUUCAUGGUCAGAACACAGUGAAUUUCUCCAAUCAGGUAAUGAGACAUUUGAUUAGAUUCAAGUUCAGAUACUGAGGUUUGGGAACCAAACGAGAAAGACUCUCACCCACCUUUCCAUGUCACCAGUUGUUCUUUUCUUCAGCUGGUUGCAACGAGGAAGUUGGUAAGUAACUCAUAGGCAGAAUUUGUAGGGCAACUUCAUAGCAGCUGGCACGAUGUAUAGAAGGCAAUACUUCAUGCAGGAGAGCAAGGUGCUUCUUAAGCUUGCUAUGCUGGCCAGAAUUUAAGUCUUUGUGAAACCAAAUGCAGUCAGGCUGUUUGAAAGCACAUUCUUCAAUUUUCUGGUAUUGUAGCAUUUUAAUUUAUUAUUAUUUUUUUACUGUGCUUGUCUGCACUUUUGUGAAAUGUUACAACUCUGGUUUCUGCUUUGUUGAUCUCUUUUGUCUUUGGUUGUCAUGUUCUUUAUGAAGAUCAACUUGAAUCUCAUCUCUGUAAUAUUUACCCAUAACUUGUACGCUUGUGCUUAGAGGUCUUUGUCUAGAAACAGAACUAAGACUCCAGUGUUGCAUCAGGGUAAGGUAUCCCACGUUUAAAUCGCCUGUUCCACUCCCUAAGUUCCAUGUGGUUAAAUGGUCUAGAAUUAGAGCUUAACCGUCAGCACACUCUUUGCACAUGUUCUUCUGCACUGUAGUGGUGUAGAGGUGGGUAACCUCGCUAGAAACAAGAAAGCACACCUGAUUAUUUCAAGGUGAAAUAUUUCACUGCUUGGUGAAAAAGAACAUCCCUUCUACCAGGAGACUUAUCUCAAGCUUCCUCUGGCUGAAAACCUUAUUUAGUGCCAAGUAUAGUAAAAAGCAAACCCUGAUAUCUUGAGAAUUUCACACAUUUGUUUUUCAAAGUGCCAAAUUCUGUCUUGAAUGUCUUUUUCCCUCUCAGACCCCCUACAUUAUGACUGCUCUGCCAGAAACCUCCUCUGCCACCACAGUAAUGGCUUGCUGACCUGGCAGCAGAUAUCAUCCAGGAUCUUGGGGGUGCCAAAUGCCAGACCUCUCAUCUAAGCACUAUAAAAGCAGAUCAGGUUUUGAGAAGGGGUGAGCCACAAGGCUUAUUCCUGAGUGGCAGCCCAGAAUGUCAGUGUGGGUAAGGAACUCAUCACUUGACCUGCUUUAGAACAAAGAGACAAAGAAAUCAAUUUCCCUUGUUUAUAGCUUUUUGUUUUUCCCCUUACCUUUAUAAAUCUUACUCCUCUUUGACAGCUGUGACCUUAAGCACAGGCUUAAAAAAAUAACAACACUUCCUGCUACAUAAAAUAAGUUUAAAAAGUACUGCUAGGCACUUUCUCUUCAUUUUUGACCAAAAUGAGGUACAUGUUUUGCAGAGAUUUCUUUGUGCAAUGUAGCAAGAUGUUAGUAUGCAGGCCAUGACUUAAGUGGCUACCCACACUCUUUACCUGACAGAAUGUAGAGGCUGGUCUGGUCUUUACUGCCUUUGAGUGCCUCUUAACUCCAGCCACAAUACACAACCCUUAAAAAUAAAAGUGUUUUGACAGCUCUGUUAGAAAAGCUGUUUGGAUCCACUUAUUUAAUUACUAGAGAAGGAAACCGAAUAUUCAAAAUUCAGUGUGUCCAUCACAUGAAAAAGAGCCAUGAUCUUCUGGCUGCACCUGAGGAACAUUAAAGGAACCAAUUGCUUUUUCAUGCUCAUACAUUCUCUAGCACAGUAAGUAAAACAAAUCCAUCUCACCUUCCCCUUUUCUCCUGUGCUUACAGAGAAAAUACAUCAUUUCCUCUAAUUUUUAACAUAAUAGGAAAUGAAAUAUUAUCCAAGCUGAAAACAGCUUGUGUUACACCUCCAAAUCUUAAAGCUGCAUUGUUAAUGUCAGGAUACAUCACUUUAGCCACACUUAUCUGUAUCAUAUGUUGUUCCUUGGCUUUAGAACUUACUUAAGCUGUAUCUCUAACCCUUUCUAGGUUUGAAGCCAGUGCUCAGGAAGCACAGCUGUUUUAAGUGCACCUGACUACAAAGCUGAAAGCAUUCUUUGAGCUUUAGCACUUGCUAGCAAAGAAAGAAAAUUGUUCUCAAAAUUUAACACAUCAGAUUUAAGUCUCCUUAUCUGCAGGUUAUGAGAAUAGGUAGGAAAAACUAUUCAACUUAGCAGGUUUGGUUCCUCUUCCCCCUGCCCACCUCUUCACAGCACUAAAACUGAUCAGAGAUUUUACUAUACUUGACAUAACUUUGUUUUCAGAGGUUGUAUGCCUCUGGAAAGCCAUCCCUGCCAAAUCCAACACAUGACAAUGAAUUGUACUCAGACUGCAUGGGGGUAGCCACAGCUUUGAGCAUUACGUGGGAUGAGAGUUAGCUGCAUACUGUACAUAAAGAUACUUGAAUUUAUACUCUUGCAAUGGGUAUUAUAAACCCUGAGGUAUUUUCAGGAUAUGGGUUGAUGUUUCAGUUGUUUUUUUGUUAAAUCUCAUUUUGGCAUGAAUUAAUCACGGUGUUAUUCAAACUAAUCAUUUUGCCUUUUGUCAUAUGUGGGCCUAGAGGUGCUGGGUGGUUAAGUGUACAUGUUAUUUUGACAAAAUCUUAUUUUUAUAUUGCAUUUUAUAAAAUGGAGUGGUCAAAAUAUGUAAUUUUAUGAUGCAUGACUGGGUGAUUAAAUACAUUACCGUAACGGCUGCUCA